AUCUACAUAGGUACUUUGCAACUGAUGCAAUUAUCGAUCUUUUAAUAUUUCAAAAUUAAUUAGAUAAAAAUUAAUAUAAAUUUAUUUAUAUUUAAUUACAGACUCUGCAAUGAGUGAGUGCAAUAAUGAGUAGAGGGACUCUACUCAGGACUCUACUCAUUAUUAUGAAGUGUUGUGCACUGACGAUAUCUGACCACAGGGAGGCAGCACAUAUACACGUGCAGUGGGCAUAUGACCCACCAGCCAUGCUGAAUUUCAACUCGAAACAUAUGCAUUCAUAUUCAUAUUCAGAGUGAAUCAAACAGACUUCAGUCCAAUCAGCGCAUCUGCUACUACAAUGAGCAAUCCUCCAGCUGACGCAGACAGUAACUCCUGGUAUGGAGGUCAUCAUCUAAUGUGGAAGGAAAACUUUAGACAGCCUUGUAGGAUGUAAAAGCAGAAGAAAACUAAAACAUGUGAAGUGAAAGAAUGAUAUCCCUGUGUAUGUGUGUGUCUGUGCAUGCGUGUGUCCCUGUGUGUUCAGUUAAUCCCCCUGUAUCACUAUGUGCUAUAAUCCACCUGUGUGUGUUGUGCCACCUGACAUGAGCUUGCUCCUCUGGGUAGGUAUUGGAUGGAGGGGGAUGUGAGGUUUGUGUGUAACAAACAGAAGCCACUGUAAAGAAGAAGAAGUGCUGGUGCAGUCAGAGCGUUGGGAAUAGAACAGGCAGUAUUUUAACUCGGCCUGGGUCAGAGUGUUUCUAUGAGUUUGGAGCACCAGUGGUAGAUUGCUCUGUCUACUGCCUGCUUGGCACUUGAAUUCUUAAAUUUUUCUCUGAAACUGCUCUGGUGUUUUCCAUGCUCAUCCCAGCUGUAGGAAACUUCCACUGCUUGCAGUAGACAUAUUGAUGCUGAUAUGAGUACAUGCAUUGCUAAGGUGGAAGCUCCAACAGGUUUACAUGCUGUGUGCGCAGACACCUGUGCAUCCCUUUCAGCAGGAGGAGCUGCAGGAGCAGCCACAGCCUCUCUGGAGCUCUCUGAAGCCACAGAUUGUCUAAUUAGAUUAGGCAAGGCUUUCCACAGAUAAUCAUUUAGCCAGCUCUGUUCUGUUUUGUGAGCUCUUUUUUGUCCUCCUGUUUUCCUGCGAUGGAGCGCUGCUUGUGCCUGUCAGCUCGCUGAAGGUCAGAAUGAAUUUCUCUUCAGUUUGAUGAGUGAAGCUGUGGUCUGCAGACUGAUGGGUUAUGGGCUGGUUCUGGAGCUGUGAUUGUCACGCUGCUCAUAGUAAUCGGACUCCCACUAAUACCUGCUGCUGCUGCUAACCGGAGGCGAUGGGGGAAGUUUGUGUAAAUUUAUUACCGACGAUUAGACAGACAUCUUCUCCCGCUGUCUCGGAGUGCCGCGUGCGAGUUAAAGGGGGAAGCGAUGGCUGACAGCGGUAGCAAAACAAUCACUGAGCCCUUGUCAGGCUGGAUCUGCACCUCAGGCUUGCCGCUGAGUUGCAUUUUUCAAUAAGACACCCACCAAGCUCUGGACAAAGGAGAGAUGGCCACCAACUCUUUCCGCGGGUCCAAACGAGGACGCAAUGCAGAGGCCAACCAUGAGCCAGAGUUCAGCUGCUGUCUGCAGGAGCUGCAAUCACUUAUGGAGCUCAGAGGAGCUGAUGCAAUCACCAGGAUUCAGAACUGCUACGGAGAUGUUAACGGACUGUGUACCAGACUAAGGACAUCACCUGUUGAAGGUCUUGAAGGAAAACCAGAGGACAUAAACAAGAGGAAAGAAGAGUUUGGACUGAAUGUCAUCCCUCCAAAAAAGCCUAAAACCUUUUUGCAGUUAGUGUGGGAGGCCCUGCAGGACGUCACGCUUAUCAUCUUGGAGGUGGCAGCAGUCAUUUCUCUAAGCCUUUCUUUCUACAGUCCACCAGAUGCAGAAAGACAAAACUGUGGAAAAGCAGCUGGUGGUGUGGAAGAAGAGGGGGAUGCGGAGACCGGAUGGAUCGAAGGCGCUGCCAUUCUACUGUCUGUGGUAUGCGUGGUGCUGGUGACGGCUUUUAACGACUGGAGCAAAGAGAAGCAGUUCCGCGGUCUGCAGAGUCGCAUCGAACAAGAGCAAAAGUUCACCAUUGUCCGAGCGGGGCAGGUGAUCCAGAUCAAAGUGUCGGAGAUCGUGGUCGGAGACAUCGCACAAGUCAAGUAUGGUGACCUCCUCCCAGCCGACGGCAUCUUAAUUCAGGGUAACGAUCUGAAGAUCGAUGAGAGCUCUCUGACCGGAGAGUCAGAUCAUGUCAAGAAGACCAUUGACAAAGACCCCAUGUUGCUCUCAGGCACACAUGUAAUGGAGGGCUCUGGAAAGAUGCUAGUCACCGCCGUAGGUGUGAAUUCUCAGACGGGAAUUAUUUUCAAAUUGCUCGGUGCCAGUGAAGACAGCGAAGGCAGCAGCGAUGACAAAAAAGAGAAGAAAAAUGAGGAAAAGAAAAACAAAGACAAAAAGGAUAAGAAGAGUAAGUUUAACAGCAGCCAAAUACACGAGUCAUCAUCUCAGAAGAAACAUAAGAAAAAUAAGGAUGGAGCUACUGUUGAGAUGCAACCACUCAACGAAGAUGGAGAACCAGAGAAGAAGAAGAAGGUUCUUCCAAAGAAGGAGAAAUCUGUCCUUCAGGGGAAGCUGACCAAACUGGCCGUACAGAUCGGCAGAGCAGGUCUGUUGAUGUCGGCCCUCACCGUCAUCAUCCUAAUCACUCGCUUCCUGAUCGAUACCUUCUGGAUUCAGGGUCUUCCCUGGUUGCAAGAGUGCGUUUCCAUCUAUGUGCAGUUCUUGGUCAAGUUCUUCAUCAUCGGCGUGACGGUGCUGGUGGUGGCUGUGCCUGAGGGUCUCCCCCUGGCAGUCACCAUUUCCCUAGCGUAUUCGGUCAAGAAAAUGAUGAAAGACAAUAACUUGGUCCGCCACCUCGAUGCCUGUGAGACAAUGGGGAACGCCACAGCCAUCUGCUCAGACAAGACAGGGACGCUGACCAUGAACCGUAUGACGGUGGUGCAGGCCUACAUCGCAGGGAGACACUAUAAAAAAGUCCCAGAGCCGGACCUCAUCCCAACCAAGAUACUGGACCUGCUCAUCCUAGGCAUCGGGGUCAACUGCGCCUACACCACCAAGAUUAUGCCUCCAGAGAGAGAGGGUGGGCUGCCUCGCCAAGUAGGAAACAAGACCGAAUGUGCCUUACUGGGACUCAGUCUGGACUUGAACCGAGACUACCAGAAUGUUCGAAAUGAAAUCCCAGAGGAGAAGCUGUUCAAGGUUUACACCUUUAACUCCGUGAGGAAAUCCAUGAGCACCGUGUUGAAGACCUUUGAUGGCAGCUACCGAAUGUUCAGUAAAGGAGCCGCUGAGAUCUUGCUUAAGAAGUGCAGUAAAAUCUUGACGGCCAGUGGAGAGGCCAAGAUCUUCAAACCUAAGGAUCGAGACCAACUAGUGAAAAAUGUGAUUGAGUCCAUGGCAUCUGAGGGGCUGAGGACGAUCUGUCUUGCCUACAGAGACUUCUCCAUUGCUGAUGGAGAGCCCGAUUGGGACAACGAGGCUGAGAUCCUCACUAGACUGACAUGCAUCGCUGUGGUUGGCAUUGAAGACCCUGUACGACCUGAGGUACCAGAAGCUAUCAGAAAGUGCCAGAGGGCUGGGAUCACUGUCCGCAUGGUGACUGGAGACAACAUUAACACUGCUAGAGCCAUCGCCACCAAAUGUGGCAUUUUGCAACCCGGAGACGACUUCCUGUGCAUAGAGGGAAAAGAGUUUAACCAGCGAAUCCGCAACGAAUCAGGCGAGAUCGAACAGGAGCGUAUCGAUAAGAUUUGGCCCAAAUUGAGAGUCCUUGCCCGGUCAUCCCCAAUGGACAAACACACUCUGGUCAAAGGUAUUAUAGACAGCACCGUCCUGGAGCAGAGGCAGGUUGUCGCGGUAACAGGAGAUGGCACAAACGAUGGCCCCGCUCUCAAGAAAGCAGAUGUUGGCUUUGCUAUGGGCAUCGCAGGGACCGACGUAGCAAAGGAGGCAUCCGACAUCAUCCUGACAGACGACAACUUCUCCAGCAUCGUCAAGGCCGUCAUGUGGGGCCGAAACGUGUACGACAGCAUUUCCAAGUUCCUGCAAUUCCAACUCACGGUCAACGUGGUUGCUGUCACCGUGGCCAUCACCGGAGCCUGCAUUACCCAGGAUUCUCCUCUGAAAGCUGUGCAGAUGUUAUGGGUCAACCUCAUCAUGGACACCUUCGCCUCAUUGGCCCUCGCCACGGAGCCGCCGACCGAGGCGUUGCUGCUCAGGAACCCGUACGGGCGCAACAAGCCGCUCAUCUCACGCACCAUGAUGAAGAACAUCCUGGGCCACGCCGUCUACCAGCUGACACUGAUCUUCACGCUGCUCUUUGUCGGUGAGAAGAUGUUUGACAUCGACUCUGGCAGGAAUGCCCCGCUUCACGCUCCACCCUCUGAACACUACACCAUUGUGUUCAACACAUUCGUCCUCAUGCAGAUCUUCAACGAAUUCAACGCUCGCAAGAUCCAUGGAGAACGGAACGUCUUCGAGGGCGUUUUCAACAACCCCAUCUUCUGCUCCAUUAUCCUGGGAACCCUUAUUGUGCAGGUGGUUAUUGUGCACUUUGGUGGUAAAGCUUUCAGCUGUGUGCCUCUGACCGUAGAACAGUGGCUCUGGUGCGUCUUCCUGGGUCUUGGUAGUCUCAUUUGGGGGCAGCUGGUGUCCAGCGUUCCCACCAGCUGGCUGCGGUUCCUGAAAACAGCCGGUCAUGGCACCCAGCAGGAGGAGAUCCCUGAGGAGGAGCUGGAGGAGCUGCAAGACAAAGACGAGAUCGACCAUGCUGAGAUGGAGCUGAGGAGGGGUCAGGCGCUGUGGUGCCGCAGCCUCAACCGGAUCCAGACGCAGAUUCGUGUUGUGAAUGCGUUCAGAGACAGUGUGUCUCCUUACGAGGGCCUGGAGACGCCGGAGUCACGCAGCUCCAUCCACAACUUCAUGAGUCACCCCGAGUUCCGCAUCGAGGACUUAGAAACCCAGAUCCCGCUUAUUGACGAGAACGAGGACGAGGACGACCCGCCCACCAAGCGGAACUCCGUCAUUCCGCCUCCACUGACGCUGACCGGACUGUCCAACCUGCAGCCUCUGCCGUCCUCGCCCAACCAAAACAACAACGCGUUGGAGCGCAUCAUUCCGCUGCACAGAGACGGCUCCCGGUCCGGCCUAAUCCCGCCUAACUCGGCAGGACUGCCUCCCUGUCCAGGAAGCCCCCUGCACAGUCUGGAGACCUCCCUCUGAAGCAGCUGCUUCCUGUUGUCGUUUCGAAAAUUUUCAAAACAGACUCCUCUGAUUGGUUCAGGACUUCCAAGGGACAGUAAUAUUUCCACAAGUGUUUGUGGUUCUAUUCAGACUGAACCCAUGUUCACACAGACUGCAUUUUUUUUAUUAAUAGAUCCGAACUCUGCAUAUGUAAUUUAGAAGAGUGUUUGUGAGGUGAUUCAUGUAAAUUCAAAUUCAGUUUUAUAUGUAAAUAUAUAGCCAGAGUUUAUUUAAUAAAGAUUAUUUCUGUCAAGCUAAGUUAUCUGGUAGGAACAUGUUCAGAUUGUUUCUGUGUUAACUUGUAACCACAAGAGUAAGUGACUAAAAAUCUGUUGUGUUUUAUUUGUUUCAUCCGGUAGUCAGACAGGUUUGGAGUAAAUGUCUGUUUCUUUUUAAUGUUGUGUUUUUCAUGUCUUAGGUUGGAGGAAUA